UAGUUACUCGCCUCAACCAUGCUCCGUGCUCGAUUCGGUAAUAGCGGAGCAAACGAAGCUCUCCUCCCUUCCUCUUCCCCUUCCUCCGCCUCACCUCAUCUCACCUUCUCUCAUGGCGAUUCCAAUCGCAGAUAAAACCCUAACCCUCCCGACCUCUCUCAUCUCCCCACAACUCCCUCCUCUUCGUCUCAAUCCCAUCUUCCUCCGGAACCUCACCUUCUCCUCUGCUUCUUCGAGCUGGAAUCGGAAGCCCAUGGCCAUCGCCGUCUCCUCCACAAUCUCCACCUCUUCCGACGCAAACCCGUACAAUUACGGUGGAUGGGAUGAUGUGGAGCUCGUCGAUGGAUCUGAUAGGUCGGGGAAGGUCGAUUCGAUUCGGAGCUUCUUGGUUUCCCUCGGCGUUCAUGAAGGCAAGCACGGUUUCCUCUUCGUUUUGGGCUUUAUCUCUGCUUUUGCGGUUUCUAGGGUUAGGGUUUCUCCUGUGGUGGUCGUACCUAUCUCGGUCUUGGUCUUUGUUGCUGGAUUCGCAGCGGGAUCGACUCAGAAGAGCAUUGUUAGUAGGAAUGAUAGUGAAAUUAGGGCAUAUGAUGAGAAACAUAGGAACUUGAGAGCUAUUUUGAAUGAGGUGGAGGUUAAGAUAAGUGAUUUGAGAAAUGGAUUGGAAAAUAUUAGAAAUUCAGGUCAGUUAGAUUUAAGCAAGAUUAAAAAUUUAGUGGAGGUUGUUGAACAUAUAGGAAUUAAAGUUGGUUAUGGUAGGAAAUUUGUAGAGUUUUCAAAUCCAGGUGAUGUUUUGGAUGACAAUAUGGAUAUAGAGAGUGAAAGAUGGAAGAAAUCGAACCAGAAAACAGGUCAGAAGAAAACAAAAUUCGAAGCAAUUGCUGUUGAUCUUGUUCAAUAUCUCGGUGGUCUUAUUAAAGAAAACAUAAAUGAGUUUAAGCCAUCUAAGAGCAAAGAUGGGGGCAAUAAGCAAGAACUCUCGGAUCAGCCGAGCUUAAUUAGGGAAAAGAAUAUAAAUUCUGCAGAUGCAAUGAAAGGAAAUGCUAUUGCUAAUGAUAAUUCUUCUAAUCCAUCACUAGUCGAAACUGUGAAAAACAAGUUAGAACAAGAUGAAGUAUUUUCUGGAAAAACAGAGAGAAAGGCAUUGGAUAAGUUGAACAGUGGCGAAGAGUUACCUUUUGAUACUACUCAAGAUGUAAUCAACGAGAUGAAGAACUCCGAAUCCAGAGGUAAAAGGUACAGUAGUGAUAUGCUCUCAUAUGAUGAGGAGGGUAAUGACUUGAAUAUGAGUUUGCACUUCAUGAGCAAGCAAGCGAGUUUUGAGAGAAUGGUUAUUAAGCAUAGGUAUGGCCAGAUGAUAAAAAGUGAUAUUCACGAUCCUGCUGAUUAUGGUACAAAUCCAAGAGCAAGAGAAACUACGAGAAAUAUGGAUUUCUUCAAAAAGUCUGAAGAAUUAUCACAGGUAGAACAGACCCUGGAAAUACGCAACAGCAAUAAGUUGAAGGCUGAGCAGAUAGGUGGAACCACUUUCAGAAAGGCCAAACCAAAAGCAAAUUCUGAGUAUCGACUUGAACAAGCACCAAAUGCUGAUGUUACAGAGAAAGAGGUUGUUUCUUCUUCCCCAACAGUAUCAAGUGAUGAAGAAUUCAAUCAAAAUGUAAAGAAGGCCACAGAGCUUCUAAAAAGGGCAAGAGGAUGCAUGGCAAGUAAAGCGGAUGAAGAGACAGCUGAUGCACUACUAUACAAAACUGCAAGACUGCUUUCCACAGCUGUAGCUCUUAAGCCGACAAGCUUACUAGCUGUGGGGCAGUUGGGAAAUACUUUUCUCCUCCAUGGAGAGCUCAAGUUGAAGGUAAGUCGGGAACUGAGAACUCUUUUAUCACGUAGUGAUGUCUAUCUAAGAAGAGAAAGGCCUAGUAUAUUGCUCAAGAAGCUGGAUAGAAACAUUCUAAGCAGAGAGAGUGUUGCGUCUGUUUUGGUUGAUGUGUGUGAAGAAUGUGAGGGACUCCUUGUUGAGGCAGGAAGAAAGUAUAGAAUAGCUCUGUCGAUUGAUGGGACUGAUGUCAAAGCGCUCUAUAACUGGGGCCUUGCGCUCUCCUUCCGUGCUCAGUUAAUUGCAGAUAUUGGGCCGGAAGCAGCCCUUGAUGCUGACAAGGUGUACCUGGCAGCAAUUGAUAAAUUUGAUGCUAUGUUGUCCAGAGAAAAUGCUUAUGCACCAGCAGCUCUGUAUAGAUGGGGCGUAGCACUGCAGCAGAGAUCACAUUUGAGACACCGCAGUAACAGGGAGAAGGCGAAACUGCUGCAGCAGGCGAAAAGCCUCUUUGAAGAUGUGCUGUGUGUAGAAGCCGAUAAUCGGCUAGUAAGAGAAGCUCUUUCUUCGUGCAUAUCAGAGCUCAACUACAAUGGACAAUGGCCGUGAACCAAGUAUUGCCAAAAUACUAAUAUUAGAUGCGCUCGAGGAAGUUCAUAUGCACAAAUUUUUAUCUCCAGAAAUAAGCAAUUUCGGCUUAGACGGACAAUUUAUGAUCCAUAGAGCAAUAAUAAAGUAAAAGCAGAAGCAUGAAAUAGGCUUUUCGUACCCAUUUGUAAGUGGUCAUAGGGAUGCCAGAAGCUGGAGGGCAAAUUGCACAUACUACAUUCUGCAGCUAUGUAACUCGCUGUAGAAGUUUAUUCUUUACCUGAAUCCUGACUAAUGCAGGACGAAGCUUCAUUACGCUUAUUGGUCCAGUUCUUUUUUUGGGGUGGGAAGAGCUUGUCGAUCCUAAGUUUGUAUCCUUGAAAUAACUACACUUGUACAAACUUUUAUUGAUUUGUGACCAUGCAUUAGUUAAUUUGAAAAGUGAGAUAUAUGAA